AACGCGGAAGAUGUGUGUUCACCCAGCUCGAGCGCUGUUUACAGGGGCUCCCAGGCUGUGAAUGUGCGUCCACGGACUCAUGCUAAGCCAAACAAAGCUAUCUGGAUGGAGAUCGUUUGUUACAUAACUUACUGGAAACAAAGCCUCUGACACGCUGGAUUUACUUUAGGGGCCCCCACUCACUAUAGCAGCGUGUGGCCACUCGGACAGAGGUGGGAUAGCCUAACCUGAGCCCUCCAGGCACCUCGAUGCCCAAACAGAGGCGGUGUUCUCACAUUCGUCUCCGGUUUGCGACGGAUCAGGGAGGAGAGGAGGAAGAGGAGGAGGACGCGCAGGAAACUUUUUAUCCACAGAGAUUUGUGAUGAUCAAGCACAGAUGGCGGAACAGUACAGUGGGCAAGCAGGCUUUCUCUCCGACGGUAACCCGGGGAGAGGGUGCCUAGUUCCGCAGGUGACCAUCACGUCUGAUGGGGACUCACGGGAGAUCACUGAGGAGGAUCUGGAGGAGGAGGUGAACGGACGGUUGCGCCGCAAACUCUCCAACUCCUCCAUCUCUUCCAACGGCUCCUCCACAGCGUUUGACGAGUCGGAGGAUGACAUCCUCAGCGACAACGAGACCAAAAGCAAAGGCAUCGUGACUCUCGAGCAUUUGGGGGACUCGGUAGAUUCAGCAGAGCAAAUCAAUGCCUGGUGGAAGCUGAAGACUAUUGUCAGUUGCCCAUUAGUGACCUCACAGCGAAGACGACUGUCCUGGGUUCAGUUAGCAGGCCAUAAAGGCAGCUUUAAAGCAGGGGAUGAGGGCUCCAUACUGAAGAAGUUCUCAGAGAAUGAGAAGCUGUGUUUCGAGAGGCUGAAAGAGGAUGCUUUACAUUCCUUCGUGCCCAGCUACUAUGGAGUGGUCGAGAGAGACGGAGAGCUUUUUCUCAAAAUUAAAGACCUUUUGGCCAAAUUUGAUUUGCCUAACGUCAUGGACUGCAAGAUGGGAGUGAGGACAUAUCUGGAGGAGGAGUUGGUGCGGGCCAGGGUGAAGCCAAAGCUGCGUGAAGACUUAUAUAAUAAGAUGCUGGAGGUGGACAGAGAGGCUCCUACAGCGGAGGAGAAGAAACAGAAGGCUGUUACCAAACCACGUUAUAUGCAGUGGAGAGAAAGUCUCAGCUCUACUAACACUCUGGGCUUCCGCAUUGAGGGUAUCAAGAGGGGGGAAACCUGCAAGACAGACUUUAAAAAGACCCGGUCAAAGGAAGACGUCAUUCAGGUCUUUAAGGAUUUCGUCGAGGGCAAUAAAAACAUAACUAACUCCUAUAUUACAAGGCUUGAAGAUAUUAAACAGGCAUUGAAAGCCUCAGAGUUCUUCAAGAAACACGAGGUAAUCGGGAGUUCGCUUCUCUUCAUUCACAAUCACACAGAGAGAGCUGAAGUCUGGCUCAUUGAUUUUGGUAAGACCACACCGCUCCCAGACGGACAGAACCUGGAUCACUACAGACCCUGGGAGGAGGGCAACCGAGAAGACGGAUACUUGUGGGGCUUGGACAACCUGCUGCAAACCCUUUCCUCAUUGGCCAGGGAGUGACCUUCUUACUGCAAACUUCUCGCGUGACAGCAACAGCAUGCUGAUAGACACUUCUAAACCUUCUGCAGUGCAUUAUAGGGAGGCUACCAGUGACAAAGUCCAUUACUUUACAGUGUUAAGCUGUAAAAGCAUUUAACCCGUAUCAUGGUUUUAAUAAAUGCACAUUUGUUUGUUGUCAUAAUACAGUUACUCUUCCCCAAAGUCCAAAAAAAAAGGUUGAAGACAAAAUGUAGUUUGUAAAGUAGAGAUGCAACGAUCGAUCGGCCAGGGAUCGGAAUCGGCCGAUUUUUCUCAUGAUCGGCCCGGAUCGGUGAUCGGCCGGUCAG